GCGCCCCGCCCCUGCCCCCGCCCCGGGGCCGCGCGGGCUGCCUGGGAGUCUGCGGUCCAGCAGCGGUCCAGAGCGCGCGAGGUUCGGGGAGCUCGGCGAGACUGCUGGUACCUGCGUCCGCCCGGCGGACGGCUGCUCCUUGUGACUUCCGGACAGGACGGCCAUCCUCUCCAGAAUGAAGAUCUUCUUGCCGGUGCUGCUGGCUGCGCUUCUGGGUGUGGAGCAAGCCAGCUCGCUGAUGUGCUUCUCCUGCCUGAACCAGAAGAGCAAUCUGUACUGCCUGAAGCCGACCAUCUGCUCCGAUGGGGACAACUACUGCGUGACCGUGUCUACUAGUGCCGGCAUUGGGAAUCUCGUGACAUUUGGCCACAGCCUGAGCAAGACCUGUUCCCCAGCCUGCCCCCUCCCAGAAGGCAUCAAUGUUGGUGUGGCUUCCAUGGGCAUCAGCUGCUGCCAGAGCUUCCUGUGCAAUUUCAGUGCAGCUGACGGCGGGCUGCGGGCAAGCGCUACCCUGCUGGGCGCCGGGCUGCUGCUGAGCCUGCUGCCGGCCCUGCUGCGGUUCGGCCCCUGACUGCCCAGACCCUGUCCCCCGAUCCCCCAGCUCACGAAGGAAAGCCCAGCCCUUUCUGGAUCCCACAGGGUAUGGGAGCCCCUGACUUCUCACGUGCCUGAUCUGUGCCCUUGGUCCCAGGUCAGGCCCACCCCCUGCACCUCCACCUGCCCCAGCCCCUGCCUCUGCCCCAAGUGGGGCCAGCUGCCCUUACUUCUGGGGUCGAUGAUGUGACCUUCCUUGGGGGACUGUGGAAGGGACGAGGGUUCCCUGGAGUCUUAGGGUCCUUCGUCAGGACCAAGUCCCGUGGACACGCUAACAGCCCCCAGGGAGGCUGUGUCAGUAGGGAUGUGUGCCUAGCUGUGUACGUGGGUGUGCAGUGCAUGUGGGAGCACGUGGUGGCUUCUGGGGGCGGUGUUUAGGGAGGGAGGGGUGCCAGCAGCCUGGAGAGCCUCAGUCUCCUGUAGCCCCUGCCCUGGCACAGCCACAUGCCCGUCAAGGGCAGCCUUUGGGAGCUGGGAUUUCUGCCGCUUCCAGGUCUAGGCCCCGCCCCAAUUCCAGCCAGUCCUGCCCCAGCCCACCCCUACCUUGGAGCCCUCCUGCUGCUGCGGUGCCUCAAAUAAAUACAGAUGUCCCCCA